CCAUUUGUGACAUGAGUUGUAGAGGUAGCCACGUGCAUCUUCCUGGUUAGUGCUUUUGUUAGCAGGGGAUAGGCAAGUCUACUCAUGCGUAUCCCCAUGGAACAAACACACUAACCGGAAAAAUGGCUGCCGUGCAUGACCAUUAUAAGAUCUUUGCAUAACCUCGGGACGAUGUUUAUUUGGUGACGGCAUUACGGUCACCCAAAUCUCCACAGUAGGUCGGCUGGAUCAUGGAUGGAUCAACAGUGUGAAUCAGUGCAGAGUAUAAAGUCCGUAUGUGCGAGGGCCCUGGCAACUCACAAUGGGCAUAUUCAUUUAUACAUGUUGACCUAAAGAGCUUACAUAAAAAGGAAAUCUGGGGUCUGAAUUUCGUUCUUCCAAGCUUGGAGCUAAGGUUAAUUGAUCGUGUAGUGUCUCGUCAUCCAGUCUCAGGAGCUAGAGCCCGGAAGACACUGAAUGGCAGACGGAAGUAGCCCCCAGGAUCCAUCUGCCCCACCCGGCACGGUCAAACUUUACGGAGUGACGUGGCCAUGGUUUGUCACCCAAGAAGCGCUGGACGCACUGAAGGACUACGAUGUAUGGGACGAUGACGUGUGGGUCGUCACCUACCCAAAAGCAGGUACACACUGGGCCAUGGAGAUUGUCAAUCUCAUCCUCGUGGACGGCCAUGAGGAAAGAAUCAACCGCGCCCAGCAGUCCCACCCGGUGGAGUUCGACCUCAGCCAGCGAGGAAGGUCGGUUUUUAAGGAACCCCGUCCCCCGCAAUACAAGGUGAUGUCGCAGUGGACAGCCCCGCGGGUGAUUAUGACGCAUUUAACAGAGGAGCUCAUGCCCAGCCAGAUAUACCAAGGGAAAGGAAAGGUUGUAUACGUAAUUCGGAACCCGAAAGACACCGCUGUGUCGAACUGGAACUUUGUGAAGCCCCUGAAGUUUGGUCCUCGGUAUGAAAAGUGGGACGACUUCGUUAAGCUGUGUUUUUCUGAUGAGGUAAUAUAUGGAUCGUGGUUCUCUUACGUUUUGGACUUCUGGAAGAAGCAUCGCUAUGACAAGAACUUCUUGUUCUUGAAGUACGAGGACAUGAAAAUGGACACGAGGGGAGCGGUAAUACAGAUAGCGGAUUUCCUCGGCAAGCACCUGUCGGAGGAAGCAAUAGACCGGGUGGUCGAGUUUUGCAGCUUAAAGAGCAUGAAGUCGCGUUUUAACCGCGCCCAGCCUGGAGCCAAAGAAGCGCCACCCUCGGCUCCACAGAGCGCCCAAGAGAAUGCGCCCCCUGGCGAACAUGCAAAGUCACCUCCGAGUCAAAGAGGCCUGGGAGCCCCUUCAAUAAUCAGGAAAGGAAUUGUUGGAGACUGGAAGACAAUGUUCACCGUUGCACAAAAUGAAGAGGUGGACGCCCUGUUCAAGGAAAAAAUGGCGGGAUCUGGUCUGACAGUACAAUUUGAAUAACAUGUUUAAACUC